AAAGAGACCGCUGUGAAUAGGGGAGACAGGAAUAUCAGUUCUCCUUUACUUCUGCAUCACCGACAGUAGAGGAGAGACCAGUGCACCGCGCUCUAAAGCCCACCGGACAUCUUUCAACGGACUUUUCAGCACACAGCAACAAUGCGGGUCUCUGCAGGAACAUAGCAGUUCGGUUGUGGAACACAGGAGGAUUCCGUCAACAGUCAACAUUCUACUCACCAUGGGAUUCUAUAUAGUCUGAUCUUUAUUUGUACUUUUGACAUUUUUUUUUUUUGUUUAUUCAUUGUUUUUUUUUUGUAUUUUAAUUUUUUAAAUAUUUGAUGUGGUAUGGCUAAUGUUUCUCUAAUGGAUCUGAGAGUUCUACUUUUAAUUGGACUAGCAGCUGUCUUUGCAAAUGGUUCUUCAGCCCCCAAUAGAGAUGUUGUCGAGAGGAGAGAGUUGGAGACCACCAAGAUGAAAUCGGUCUCCAGGCCAACCACAGUGGGUGGGGCCAGCAGUGUAGGUGUGGCCAGCGGUGUGGGUGUGGCCAGCAGUGUGGGUGUGGCCAGCGGUGUAGGUGUGGCCAGCGGUGUGGGUGUGGCCAGCGGUGUAGGUGGGGCCAGCAGCAAUGGGUCCAGGAACAUCGCUGAGGCGCGGCGUAGAGACAAGCGCUGCACAUGUUACAGCUACAGAGACAAGGAGUGUGUCUACUACUGUCACCUGGACAUCAUCUGGAUCAACACACCAGAGCGUACAGUGCCGUAUGGUAUGUCCAGCUACAGAAGCUCCCAGCGUGUACGUCGCUCCAGUGAGAGAGGAGGAAGAGGAAGAGGAGGAGGAGGAGGAGGAGGAGGAGGAGGAGGGAAGGAAUCACAGCGUUGUGCGUGUGCAGAGCAGACAGACUUAGAAUGCAGCAGAUUCUGCAUAGACAGGCAGAGGUUACGGUAGUCACCUGAUCCCUGUUACAGCAACAACUACAGACUGAUACCUGCCCUAACACAUCUUCAACUUGAGUACAACUACUGAUCCCUGCUACAGCAACAACUACAGACUGAUCCCUGCUACAGCAACAACUACAGACUGAUACCUGCUACAGCAACAACUACAGACUGAUCCCUGCUACAGCAACAACUACAGACUGAUACCUGCUACAGCAACAACUACAGUCCAACUACAGACUGAUCCCUGCUACAGCAACAACUACAGACUGAUACCUGCUACAGCAACAACUACAGUCCAACUACAGACUGAUACCUGCUACAGCAACAACUACAGACUGAUACCUGCUACAGCAACAACUACAGUCCAACUACAGACUGAUACCUGCUACAGCAACAACUACAGACUGAUACCUGCUACAGCAACAACUACAGUCUGAUACCUGCUACAGCAACAACUACAGUCUGAUACCUG